AUGCGUGGUGGGUUUGACGAUGGUGUCGGUGACGGUGACAGCCUCAACACUGGAGCUCCCAAAAAGCUCAGAAGGAGGGUCACAGUAAUGCGCCACAGUGCGGAGGGGCCAUGCACUGCCCCACUCUCAAUUCUCGGGGGAAGUUCAAUCAAGGUCUCUCUCGCUGGUGGCCUGUGCCAAACACAACAAAACCUCUGGGCUCCCCCACACCGGAACGUCACACCGAGCCGCGAUAGCUUGUACGCGACACCUCAAUCCUUCCCGCGACUUCAAUCUCAACUACGUUUGGUCCUCGCCGCGGUGCACGUUUUUCUCGCGAUGGCACCCGGUCAAAAGGCAUACCCGCGCGGUACUGUCAAAAAGAUCAUCAAAGCGCAUUCGAACUGCAACUUGAGCAAGAAUGUGGACGUCAUGAUCUACCUCGACUACGUCCUACUCGUCAAGGAGGCGGCUAUCGAGUCAAAGAAGUCUGGUGAAAGAGGCAUCACGGCCCGAAGCGUCAAGAAAGUGACUUCGGUACGUUGUACAACCACAUCGACAGCAAGACACCCUCACCAAGUUCCGAGGUUGAUUUUCCAGUUCAUCGAUAUCGAAACUCCAGAAAUUACUCGAUACUUACGGAGUACACAGCACUCAUCUACUUCGCGACCCGGGGCCGUCGAUGCCAUUAGCGUGGUCGAAUACGCUCGAAUGCGAUUCCGUUGGUGUAACAUGGCGACCAGCAACAACAUAUCAUAUCUGGCGCUGGUCUGCGACAGAACAGAGGCUCGAUUCAUGCAGGCUACCGUCUCGUGCAUUGAGGCGGCACGCAAAGGUUGGAGGAGCAGGGCGCAGGUGUUAGUGGCUCCUUCAUCUGAGCAGCACCGGCCUGAGCCGCAUCGACGUUUGAAUGACCACGACACUAUGAUCAAUGGCGACAUAGUUCACUAUGGGAUUCUGGCGCAUGAGUACGGCUUCCAGACAAGGCUGAGAUGCCCUGCCUGGUACGUCAUCGAAGCAAGAUGGUGCCGCGAGAUCGAAACAUGCAGUCUCGAAGACCUGAGGCGCCUCCAACCUAAAUGCUCCAUCGGUCUCCCAUCUCAGUACAAUGUCCCCUCCACUGAGCUGCACUCUGGCCCCGAGCUACGUGCCUACCUGCCGUCUAUGAGCUGGAGUGUCAUCUUCCGUGAACCUCCAAAUUUGAUCCUAUUUUUCUUCGAUCCUAGGACCUUCCUCCUACGAUUGUACAUCCCAUCUUACCUCACUCUACACAAGUUUGUUUACUUGCCUCUCACCUGCGCGCUCUCUGCCUAUAGCUGGCCACCACCACCUCUGGAAAAUUCCCAUCCAAGCUCACGCGACCUCGACCCUGUUGACUGCGCUCCUCCCAUAAGCUUCAAUAUGACCGCCUCUCCCGUUCAGAACCCCGCGGUCUCAGCCGAAUCCAAGUCAGCCAAGAAGAAGAAGGCCAAGGCCGCCGAGCGCACCGAGUCCCCUGCUCCCACUGCCUCUCCUGCCCCCGAGAAGGCUGACGCCUCCGACGAGUCCGGCGAGACUGCAUACAUUCGCGAGAUCCAGAAGAACAUUCGCAACACCACCAAGAAGCUUACCAAUGCCUCAAAGAUCGACAACCUGAUUGCCGAGAACGCUGGCAAGUCCCUCGACGACCUCGUCGCUGCUCGCAUUAUCAAUGCCGACCAGAAGGCGCAGUACCUCAAGAAACCUGCCCUGCAGGCCCAGAUCUCACAGUACGAGGAGCAGAUGGCCCAGUACAAGAAGAUCGACCAGGAGUACCGCACUCGUGCUACUGCUGAGAAGGCAGAGCUUGAGAAGUCCUUUGCCGAGAAGCUGGAGAAGGAGAAGGCCGCCGCCGUCGCCGAGGUGAAGGCUCAGCAGGCCCAGCAGGAGGGUGAUUCUAGCAAGAGCAUCAACAGCAAGCUCCUCACCCUGUCACAAUUCCUUCGUCUCGCUGCCGCCCGCCGCUCCGAGGAUGCCGACCAGAGCAAUGAGGAGAACAAGGCCCUGGAGGGUGUUCUUCUCGCCAUCUACACGGGUGACGACAGUGCCGUCGCCACCAUGCUCAAGCUGAUUGACGGCGCCGAAGAGCAGACGUACAGCGUCAAUGGCGAGCUGCUCGAGACGACCUUCGGCCAAGUCAAGGCAGCUGCCAAGGCCUACAAGUCUCCUUACGACGAGCUUGCGCCCGCCGAGACCGAGACCGCUGCGACCCAAGCUGUUACCGAUCCGACCAUUGCCAACGCUACCGUGAACGAGAUCGAGGCUGGCGAUGCUGCCAUCACCAACGGCCAGACCGAGGAGGCGGCCACCGAGACCCCUACUAACGCCAACAUCGGUAGUGGCGCCGGUAACGCCGCCGGCGAGAAGUGGGACCAGUCGGCCGACAACAGCAUGUCGCUUUCUCAGGAAUGGGUUUCUGUUCCCCGCGAUCCUGCAGAGACCGAGACUGGCGUCGAGGCUACCCCCGCUGCCGUUUCCAACACCCAGUCUUGGGCCGAUGACCAGCCUGAGCACCACGAGAUCCAGCCCGAGACCCCUGCUCCCGCUGCCGCCGACCCCAACGACGGCUUCCACCAGGUCCAGGGCCGCAACCGCGGCCGUGGCGAUCGUGAGGGAGGCUACCGCGGACGUGGUCGUGGUGAGUGGCGCGGCGGUCGUGGACACCGUGGCGAUGGCCGUGGCCGGGGAGGACGUGGCGGCCCUCGCGGCGGCUCCAUCUCUCAGCGCUCAAUUCCUACGCGGCGUCGCGCGUUACGCGACGGCGCAUUACGACUGGGGCAUGGCGACGCCCUUCGCAACGUGAUUUACUACAAUGGCUUUGAUAGGCAUUCGGUUCCCCUGUUCUGCUUUCUGGGCGGUUGGCAUGGCUGGCGGUGUUGGGUUGCGUGGCUUACGCUUAAUGUAAUCCUUACCAAACAAAGACGCAAUUGGAAGCUGCACAGCUACUCAAAGACCAAUGAGGCCCUUUUCGGUUUGCUCUUGAGGCUGGACAUACCAUGGCAGGCCAACGAAGCCAAGGGUGUCACAGUAUCAUCCCAUCGCUUUACUCAAUUGACAGCUCGCUAUUUGAAGUUACUCGAAAUCUCGACGAGUGAUGAGAAAGCACCUUUGGAUACUGGAGCGCCUUGGGCGGGCUUCCACAAUAUGAGCAGCUUGGCGUAUCUCCCCUCUCUGAAGGCUGGAAAAAGCGCAAACAAUAACCUCAAAAAUGCUCUCAUCGACUCAUCCUUCCCCAUCUCAUUGGAUUUCGCAGCUAGUCACAUAUUAGCCAACGUUGAGACUGGCGAGGAAUUUGACGGCAUCACGUGCUGGGACUCGUACGGCUCGAGGCAGCGGGCACAUAGGCGCCGGGUGAGAGAUGCAGACAGGUUUGAAGUAUGCGGUGCGCUGAUAUCAAUCCUCGAGAUUGGAGGAAAUAUGCAAGAAGGAUUUCUAGCCGCUUCAGCCGAUGAUACACACCUAGUUUUGGUCCGUGAUCGUCAUGUCAGCAAACUCUCCCCUUCCCCACAACGCCUGGUAAGGCUGCCGGUGCCGAGAGUUUGGAGAGGCAGAAACGGAAAGGGUGGAGUGCCCGUUGCCUCACCGUUCCCAUUGAUGCUGACUUUGGAGGCGCAUCUUACUCACACCUUACAAGGCGAACCAAAGGUAACCAGCGCCUGA